ACACAUACGUAUGUAAUUUUUUAAAAACAAUUCAGAACUUAUUGUUUCUUUAAUUUUGAAAGCACUAUUCUGUUCUUAUGAAUUCUACUGUUUAUGGGAUUGCGCGUUAGGAUUAGGACACCCUGUAGGGAGAAUAACGGUAAGCGUCGGCCGUUGCCAGGGCAAUGAAUCGCAGAUUGACGCAGGCGUCGCGACGUCCGGCCGCGCGCCCAUCCCCGCGAAUAUUCCACCCUCUCUCUUCCCUGCCGAAGCGUGCCACUGCUUAAAGCGUGCACCUCGCCCGGUUCACUCCCUGUCCCUUCCCCACUUAUGACACAGACGGUUAAAUUCGCGAAGUUUGUCGCAUUAUGAUUUAUACGGGAAAAUUCCAUCGGUGUUGACUUUGUAAGCCAUAGCUCAAUAUUUCUUUCGAUUGAUUUCAGAAUCGCUAUUCAAUUAUAUCUCACGUUUUUGUUAUACGGAUGAAUAUGCAUGCUUUGCAUCGCAGCAUUCUGAUAUUCUAUUUCUCGUGUAAUCGAGAAUAUUUCUCGAAGAAUACUCGAAAUUGGUAAUUGUUUUACAACAUUGUAUCUCGUAGCAAAACUAUAUUUGUUUUUAAUUAAUGAUAAUAUUUUUAUCUUUAACGUGUCCCGCGUUUUGUUUGUCAAUUUUAGUAUUAAAAAAGUUGUCGAUGUAUAAUGUUUGAUAAACAUAAUAGAUUAAUAAAAUAUUAUACACAUUACAAAUGUUAUACAGUUGCAGACUAUGUAUCUUAGAGAUCUGUAUAAAGUUCUAUUUAUAUAAAUAUCGUGAUCGAUAUUAGUUUGAAUUAUUCGACGAAAGUUUUGCGAACUUUAAUAAUACUAUAAAAUUUAAUUGGAUCUCUUUCGGAAAGCCCCGGAAAUCAAUAUCUAGAAUCUAGCGUAUUGGAAAUAUGUGAAAUUAACGUUAACUCUAAUAUUAGUGUCACAAAUGACACAAAUCUAGACUUUUGCAUAUAAAAAGGCAAUCACAGGUUAUGCUAUCCGAAAUUCCAAUUUGGAGUACGCAUAGUAAAUAGGAGUAAACAUGUUCCUUGAUUAAAUUCGAAUUGUGUUGCUACUUUCUAACGAAGUAAAAAAUAGUUUUCUUUUCUUGCUCUCCUUUCUUUUUUUGACACAUAUAAAGUUUGUAUAAACAGAACAUUUCAAUGAAAAGUAUUUGCCUUAAAUAGAGAGUAAAAUGUAAUCCCGUAGGAUAACUCGUAACUAUUUUUCGCAACAUUGUUAAGCUUUAAUUCUUUCAUGUGCAGAAAAUAGUACUUCUAGAAUCUAUAAAUGGUUCUUCUAAAUUAUUCAAAGCUCGGACAUGGUUAUUUGUGUAUCUUACUAAGUGUUUUAUAUGUGUACUCUCCAACGUGUACGUGAUCUAUAUUAACGUCGAAGUGUGUCAAUUUCGAGUUGCACGCUCGCUGAUUAUCGGAUUGCGCGCUACCCCAAAGUUCGCCCCGCGCAACUCGGUGGACCGCCCGCGCCCGCGAGCCGCGUACGUUAAUACGUAGUGCGCAUCCCCAGGGUAAGAAGCGAGUAAGCGAGAGAAAGAGAGGAAGAGAGGCGAAAGGAGGGUAGAAGGAGCCGCGCGCGCGAGCGGUAUAUACAGCGUAUGUCGCGGUAGCAUCGUCGUCGGCUCGAGCGGUGGGGUUGGGAGCGGAAAAAGUUGGGUGAAACUUGAAGGAGAAGCGGAGAAGGAAGCGCGCGGGAUAUAUACGCGCGCGGAGGAAAGGGUGGCACGCGCUGCGCGGGCGAAGCGGAGAAUCGGAAUGAAAGGAGGGAAAGCGGGGCGGGGGGAAGGGUAGGGGGUUGAAUCUGGAAAGAAGAGGGAAGUUUGGCGGAGACGCGCCGUAGGCAACACAUCGUCGAGUUGCUACUGGUAAACGUAGAAGCGCCGAAGGUGAUUGCGACCGGGAGUUGAAUAGUGGUAGUAGCUAUGGCGACGUUGGUGGUGGUGGCGAUGGUUAAGCGGUAGUGGUGGAUCGGUGUGUCCCGACGCGCGCCGAGAAAGUUUCGUCGAGAAACGCGGCGUGCGCGGAGUGUGAGAACGCGCGCGGCGACGGCGACGGCGACGGCGACGGCGGCGGCGGCGGCGGGUAGCGGCGGUGGUGGCGGCGGCGGCGGCGGCGGCGACGAGCGAGAAAGAGGGCCAGGGAGAAAGUUGGGGAAUGGCGUCCAGGAAAACGAGACAGAAUCACUCGAUACAGCAUCUGCUCGAGUUACCAUCGAACCGGGAGUCGAAAUUAUCACGGUUUCCCGUGAAGGAGCCAGCUCAACUGCCACCGUCCAUGCCAACCCCUCGCCAAGUUCCGGUGACCGUGUUGCAUCCCUCGCCAAAAAAGUUAUAUCUGAGCAAAACACGGCAGGCUGCCUUCUCGGCCGAUUUGCAGCAGUCUCUCUCACGAACAGUCAGUCCAACCGCACGCCAACAAGAGCCGUCCCUAGCGAGGCGGGAAUAUCCCCGCCAAAUCAUGAACAAGGUGGACGAUCGAGUCAGAUCACCGGGAACAUCACGAUGCCUGGCCGCUACUACCAUGUCGCUUUCCAUCUCACCCUCUAGCCCCGAAGAACCUGUUACGCUGGUGGAACUGACCAGCGUGCCAGGCGGACAGAAUGCGAUGGCUCAUCUCAAAAAGCGGAAGCUGGAAGCAGAGUCGGUCACGCAGAAUCCUAAACAGGCGCAGCAGCCGUCGCAGCAGCAAUUGUUGAUUGGCAAGAAGGGCCUGCAGACGAGCACGCCACAAGAAAUGGAGAUGACUGACGCGGCCAUGAAGCGCAGGAGGAAAAGCAUUCGCGACGAUGAUAUGCGAAAAAUUGACGUUGAUCCUAACAAAAAUAUACCAUUGCCCCAGAAGAAGCGCGCGUUUACAACUGGUAAUUCGGGUAGCCCUGCCAGGAAAUCGAGCAAGCACAGCGAAGAGCCCGAAGACAACGAGACUCUCAUAAGAGAAACGGAAGCCGCUUUGAAGAGUCUAUCAGGCAGUUGGCCGGGACCUAGAGGAUCUCUGUAUCAAAGAGGAAAUUCGGACGAGGAUAGAUACGAAUCUAACUUCGAGAAUCUAUUCGAAGAAAAGAAAGAAAAUCCCAAACUGUCGCCCUCAUCGAUAUCAACAUCUUCGACUACGAGCAACGACACCGGUUGUUCGUUGAAGGACGUAAUAACUCUUCGCGGACAACAAGAUCGAUCGAGUAAGAUGCAGCAACAGAAUAAGCAACAGGAACAACAUCCGAAACAGCAACAGCAUCCGAUUAAAAUUAAGAAAGAUUUAGACAAUCUGCUAAAAAUAGAGAACGAAUGUGCGAAUAUUCAGUCUCAGGUUAACAAUGUUAAUCAGAACGAACCACCAAAAAUUAGACCAGUUUCUGUUCGAUCGUUGUCAAACAAAGAGAGAAACGAGAGGAACGUGGUGGGCACACACGUUGACUCUCAGGGUAGGCAAUUGGACAAAUAUUCCAGAUACGAUCCGCCGGAUUUCAACGAAUUAGUCGAUGAUUCGUCCAACGAACUAGAAAUUGACAUGUCCGAUCCGGCUACUGACAAAGACGAUGGCGAUCGGGACAGAUCGAUCGAUCGGGAACGAGAUCGGACAUGUAAAAACGGUCAAUCACCUCAAAAUAUUAACAGACAACAGCAGCACCACCAAUCACUUUACACAAACUAUCAAAGACAAUAUAACGAUACUAACAUAAAAGUUUCACCUACGGGGACGUCGUCGUCUUCAUCGCCGCCAACAAGCUCACCGUUCUCAGCAACGUCUGCCUUCAGGCCGCCUAAUACGGAUCACUCGAAAGCAUCGUGCCGUAACUCUUCGGUUCCAGUAGCCUCUUCGGCGAUUCCACCGAUUGGUCCAUAUCCAGCUGCCGCUACAUUCGUGGGAUAUCCGACACCUGGACCGACGAUGCCAACCCCUCAACCUGUAUCCGGCAUUUCGUCGACAUCCGAGGAUAAACACUCGUCAACACUGUUGCAGUUGAAGUCCUCGAAAGAAGAGAGUCAUCAUGUGACAACUCAUGAUGUAGCCACCAAUUCUGUAUCCCCCAGCAAGAGUCCUACACGCGGCCCACCUUCCGUUACGAGUCCCGAUUCUUCGAAACAAUACACGAUUCUUCAGCCCGCGGGGGUGGGCUCCAGAGCGGCUAGUGCGAUUCAGGAUAUCGCGAGAGAAGGGGUGGUGAGUGUUACCGCUGUGAGCAGCUGCACCACCGCGAAUAACGGCAGUGCGAACAACGUCAACACUGCGAAUACGAAUGGCAACGGGGUGGUCGGCAAUAAAACUACCAACGGGAACAACGGCGCUAAUGACAGCAGCAAUACCACGAAUCCUGCCGGGAAUCCUAAUGCAAACAGCAUCACCAGUAUAACCAUUACGACCGUGUCAACGACCACCACUACGUCUAGUCCGACAGUCGCUGCUGAUGUGCCUUCGGCGAACGGGCAGCAGGACAAUGUCAUGAAAAUGCCAGAGAGACCCGGCACCUUCGAUAGUAGCAGGCCGGGAAUGUCUAUGUCUCCGUCCAGUCUCGGCAGAGAGGGCAACAAGUGCCCGACCCCAGGCUGCACGGGGCAGGGUCACGUGACCGGACUCUACUCUCACCACCGCAGUCUUUCUGGAUGUCCACAAAAGGAUAAGUUAACUCCAGAGAUUCUGGCGAUGCAUGAGACCAUAUUGAAAUGCCCGACACCUGGUUGCAACGGCCGCGGUCAUGUCAGCUCCAAUCGGAACACACAUAGGAGCCUGUCCGGAUGUCCCAUUGCCGCGGCCAAUAAGCAGGCUGCACGCGAGGCACGACAAAAGGCUCAAGUGCCAGGAAUACCACCCGAGUAUAUCAGCACGAAUCUGUUACCCCCAUCAAUGGAUACGAAGAGCUAUUCGCAGUACGGUUCCUCAACUCAAGACACGAAGCCUGUAUUAAGCAGCUUGACCUACGACUACUAUUCGACGACGAAAAACGCCGGGAUUAAUGUGAAGCCUCCGAAAACGCCGGAGGACAAUAGCACAUCGCGUCCCGCGAAGGUGCCUAAGACAGAGAACAUGACUCUCAGCAGUAGUUGCUGCAACACAUUAUCCAUGAGGAAUCAAAACACGGGCGAAUUGUUGGUCCCAAAGACGGAGGAUGCCACGUCCUGCAGAGUGAAUUCGCCCCCGCCACCGCCACCCCCCGCGGUGCGACAAACGUACGAUUCUUACAUGAGCCAAGAUUCGAACUCGUCAUCCAUGUCAUCCAUGGACGCGAUGGGCUCGAGACCAUCCCUAGGAGCGACAAUUCAUCAUCCUGGCCAGCAUCCUGGCACGCAUCACGUGCUACCGAUGCAGCCGGUCGCCUAUCCGAUGCCAAUGGUAGAAGAUACAAGAAUGAGCCAUCAAAUGUCCCAAAGAUCUCCUUACGAAUCCACCACUAUGAUGGCCGCAGCAGCGGCCGCGGCAGCCGCCGCAACCACUACGGAAGAGCUCUAUCAUCAUAGAUCGGCCGAACAUGCGAGAGCAUACAUGCAUCCUGGUGCUAGUAAUAUCGCACGGCCAGUGGUGACGUAUUCCAACGACAUAGCGUCUGGCAGAGGUUACGAGAACGCCGUGGUCAGCGCAGCCAAUCAUCGGCCCUACGAUCCCGGUACUACUGCGACAUACGAGAGAUACGAUACCCAGUCUUGCGCGCCCAUCCCAUCUCAGCAACAGCAACAGCAACAGCAACAGCAGCAGCAACAACAGCAGCAACAGCAGCAGCAGCAGCAGCUUCAUUCGAGGGCGAAUAUGUAUUAUCUGGGACAGACCGGCAUGACGCCAGAGGAGCAGGAACGAGUUUACCAUCAAGAAGCUGCGGCAGUUGCGCAACAGCAUCAGAUGGCGAUGGCCGCCGCUACGGCAGCCGGGAUGAUAAAGACUGAAGAUGUGAAAUGCGUUACGGUCGCGCAAAUGCAACAGAUGCAGAAACCCGGUGGACCGCCUACCUCGCCUGGGGGAUCAGUGAUGGAUUUGUCUACCUCCAGUGUUACGUCUACUAGCCCGCAGGCAGCACCCUACGGUUCGAACAGUCUCAGUCCACAGUACGGAGGAGGCCAGACGGUGGGAAGUAGUCCUCAGGCUGCAGCGAGUCCUCACUUGACGGCUAGUCCUCAAGUUCCUAGUCCCCAAGGCCAAACCCUCGAUCUUAGCGUUAAUAGACUCCAUAGUGGUGCACCGAGUCCGCAGUAUUCCACCGGCCAUGGUGAAGCUGUCGCGGUUCCGGUGGGCCCGGGUUUCCCAGCCCCACGACCGAUUGAAGAACAGACAGAGCCCGUUGAUUUCUCAACGGCGAACGAGCCGGUCAAUUUCAGCGGGGGUCCGGGGAUCAGGCCUGUACCCGGGUUUCCGCCGCCUGGAGUGCACGUUACGGCAUAUAGUCGCGAGAGUACGCCCGACAGCGGGGGUUCCCACUACAUGGACGCCUACCGAGAUCCCACCGGUUACGGACCCAUGAGCCCUCAUCCAGGAUACGGGAUGACUGGCGUUCAACCUGAAUAUCCCGGAAACACGUACACCCCUUAUCCAACUGCAGGUUACAACUGCGGCGGAACUUAUCCGGGUGGCCCAGUGACUUCCGGUUAUCAGAUUCCAGCGGGUUACACCCCGACACCGUGCUACAGCAUGCCACCCCCGCAGCACACGGUUGGACCCCUCGAUAAACCAUCCGGCAAGGACGACAGUAUGAGUGUGAGGAGGUACUCGUUGAAUUUCACACGGCCCACCCCUCGUGGUCGCGAUGGCAAGGAGCUGAUACAGUGCCCCACGUCGUCCUGUGAUGGCAUGGGUCAUGUCUCAGGGAACUACGCUACCCACAGAAGCCUCUCCGGGUGUCCACGAGCUGACCGCUCGCAAAUCCAGGCGCAUUCCCAGGAGCUUAAGUGUCCUACGCCAGGAUGCGAUGGUUCUGGACACGUCACGGGAAAUUACUCGUCGCACAGAAGUUUGUCUGGCUGUCCGCGGGCUAACAAGCCGAAGAGUAAACCUCGAGAUGGUCAAGAUUCUGAGCCUCUGAGAUGUCCAAUCCCGGGUUGCGACGGGUCCGGUCAUGCCACCGGCAAAUUCUUGUCGCACCGCAGUGCGUCUGGAUGUCCAAUUGCAAACAGAAAUAAGAUGCGGGUGUUAGAGUCCGGCGGUACCGUUGAGCAGCACAAGGCGGCCGUGGCUGCUGCGACAGCCAUGAAAUUCGAAGGUGUCAAUUGCCCCACGCCCGGAUGCGACGGACUUGGUCACAUAAAUGGCUCCUUUCACAGCCAUAGAUCAUUAUCGGGCUGCCCGAUAGCCAGCCACGCUGUGAAGAAACCGAAACCGGAGGACAAUAUGAGCAUGUACAGCAGAGGAAUCACCGGGUUGGAAGCCGGUGGUCCGGCUCACGGGGGUGCAGUAGGCACGGGUCAGGGUAACUCGAGUGGUAGCGGGACCGCCGGUCCCCAGAGCGAGGAUCUCUACACACUGGAGGCCGAGAUCACCGAGCUCCAGAGAGAGAACGCCCGGGUCGAGUCGCAGGUCUUGCGCUUGCGCUCGGAUAUCACCGCCAUGGAGAAUCAGCUCAAGCACGGAGACAAGGAUACCUCAUCGAUAGCUCAGCGCAACAAUAAUCUGACCGAAUACUAUCAGUCACUGCGCGACAACAUGAUCACUCUCCUGGAGCAAGUGCGAAUACCGAACGCCCCGGGCGGGCCGCAGGAGAAAAUAGGCCACGAGAACUUCGACAGCUACCUGACGAAGUUGCAGACUCUGUGCACCGCCGACGGCUACUGCGCCGACGAGAGCAACCGGCCGAUUUACGAAACGGUGAAGACCGCUCUGCAGGACUUCACGGUCCUGCCGACACCCAUCUGAGACCAUCCUUAAAGAUCGACGAUCGGGUACUGAGCUUCGCUCUCCGAGGGACGACUCGCGUGGCCAAGCGAUCCGGCGUAUUCGUGACUCGGAUCGCGGUCGUUCCAUUCUCGUCCACCGGACACGAGUGAGCGGAACGGUGAGCGCGAGAGAACGGUGCCCAGUUCCCAGUCUAAAUACGUAUAAUACACGUGUAAAUCGAGACACGAGCACGCAACCGUGAGGUAACUGCGUCGAUCGUGACUGAAAGCUCCGCGCGGAUCGGCCUAUCGACCUGGGAGAAACCCGGCUUCGUGACGCGUGUGACUCAUCCGGAUGAUGCGAAUCCGACGAAUGCGUCACACGUACCUGCAAUUACGUACAUCGCUCGCGUGAAUUUCGGACUGCGUCACUUGGCGACGUCAUCGUCAGCUCGCGAUCGUCACGUCGGUGAAAAGUCACCGCGUGGCAGGCCGGUCGAGCAUGCCGACCGGCCCGUAGACUGCUUGGAAAACGCUAUAACGGCAUCUAACCGGUACGACGGCUCCAUCGGAACACUAUGCUUAAACGGACUAUUAUUGCGGGGUGGGCGACGUUACGGCCUUCCUCGUAUAUCGAUUAUAUCUUUUGUACAUAAUGAUGUGUCUGCGUCAAGUAUCACAAUCGACGGCGCGGCCGCUACCGCCGCGUGCAUGUACAUACACAACGGGAGAAAUUGCGUUUAUAUAUUAUACGACAGGUUGAUGGUUAAGUCGCUAUAAGUCGUGUAAAAAUGAUUAAUUUAGCUGUAUAUCGGAUUCUUGCCACUUAACGCUGUGUAACUGUUAUUACUGUUUAAGCGAGGUCAGCGCGCGACUUACAAGGACCGGCGCGUCCGCCAAUGACGCUUCUCUGCUAAAAACCCAAAGGCUACUUAUAAACCAAUUUAUCGGCUAACUAUUACCAGCUAGUCACUAUUACUAUUAUUACUAUUAUUAUUAUUACUCUUAUUAUUAUUGCUAUUAUUAUUAUGAUUAUUACAACUAUUAUUAUUAUUACUACUACUCUAACCGUUACAAUCAGCCAGAUCGUUUUUAGCGAAUAAUUCAAUUGUCAUUAUUGCUACCAUUACUCUUACUACUGUCGAUAAAAUAUAGUCACGAAGUAUACCAACAUAUUUAUAUAAUAUUAUCGAAUCUAAGAGAGAAAAGUGCAAUGCGUUGUCCAUAGGUUGUACAUAGUAACAGAGAUAUACAAUUAUUAUAAGGACAAGAAUCGCUGGCGAUAAUAAGCUGCGAUUUCGAUGGGACGAGAAAGAAAAAAAAUGAAAAAGAGAGAGAAAGAAAGAGAGGUGGAGAGAAAAGAAAUGCUCACGAGGCCAUGCUCACGCGUGGCCUCUUCAUCAACAUCUGUCAAUCGUAAGUCCGAUGCAUUGUCGAAUUUAUGCUUGUCGAGUGAUCAAGUCUCAUUUUAUCAAGGAAGGAUCGAUCUUCGUGUUCCUUCAUGAUACGACGCGACCGAUUUGGUCCGAGGAUAUUCGUUCGUAUGUGCAAUAAUUUUAGAAUGCGUCGCAUUCUUUCCUCUGUAUAUUCGCGAUCACUUACGACCGCGUCGUGAGACACGUGUACAUUUGUAUCGGCGCGGUUAUUAUUGUUUCGUUGAUCUAUUUGUGUUUUUAUUUAUGUUAUACGUUUGUUUUGCUGCUGGAACGUGAAAUGCGGGGAAGCUACAGGAAUUUGUAAAUAUCGAAAAUUCGACUCUGAAUCAUAAGAGUCGUCGCUUUUCGUUGGAGUCGUAUGAAUGUUAUUAUUACUAUAGGACAUGCCUGAAAAAUUUCCGUUUCCGCUGGUUGAUAUUUUACACCUACGUAUAAGUCAAUCGAUCGACAUAGAUGCGAGAAAAAACUUUUAAUAACAGUAUAACGCCUGCAAACAAAAUGAAGAUAUACAACUUGACUAUGGAUUCAUUGAAAUAAAUAUAGAUGUAAUUAAAAAGAAGAUAUUUGAAUUUUGUUAAUGAGGCGCUUGGAUCAUUAUUUUAUCAUAAAUAUCCAUUAUAAUCAAUCUCAAUUAUACUGCCGAGAAAAAUGCUUUUAAUAUAUCACAAUGUUUUAGAUUAGAAUAUUUUAGACGGUUUAAUAUUUAAUUUUAACACUAUUUUCUCUCUUACUUCAAAUUAUCAUCACGCACUAACUGAUAACGUCAAGAUUAUAAUAAAUCAUGAGAUAUGAAUCAUCGUAAAACAGCAGACAUGUCGAUCGGAUAAUCAGUGAUUUUGCCGAUAUAAAAGCUAUAUUAUGUCAAAAUUAUAUUAUUUUCGGUACAAUUAAGUGUAUCAGAUAAUGUAUAUAAAGAGAAGGGAAAAUCAAUUGUUUGUCUGAGAUGCUGAUAAGAUGGAAGAAACCGUGUGCAGAAGUAAAUAUACUUUAACCAACCACCGUGUAGUGAGAGUAAUAACAAAUUACAGAUAGCGAUAGUCGACCGACAAUUACGAAAUAAUCUCGACGUUAUAAUUAUUCUUGUCACUAUCAUUGUCAUUAUAAUUACAGUUAUCACUGUCACUGUCGUAAAACAGAUUUUUCUUUUAAUUUCGAAUUAGCACAAUUGGCAUGUAAAAAGAAAAAGAUAAGAAUGAGCGGAAAAACAGGUAAAUUACAAUCAACAGUCAUUACAUUUUGACUUUGCAACGGAACAUUCUUAUCUUGAGUUCCGUUGCGUUGCAAUUGAUAUACUCUGCGAUAUUCAUGAUUAGUAUUGUCAUUAUUAUGUACUAGUCUUGAUUAUUAUUGUUAUUAUUGCUAUUAUUGUCAGUUUUCCAUUAUUUUAUUAUUAUUAUUGCUACAACUUCUUCUUAUUAUUAUUAUUAUCGUUACGUUUUUGUCACUAUUGCGAUUAUGAUUGUUGCCGUUAAUAAAAAUCUACAGGUAUAUAAGUUCAAUAACAUGCUUUAAGUAAGUAUAAAUGUUACUCCGAUUGAAUAAAGGGUAUUUAUCGAUGAAUA